AUGCAGGAUCAACUUCAUGGGGGUGAGGAGGCCGGUAGUGUCUCCCCACCGUUGAAGGGCCCGGAUUCUGGGACCGAUACGUCAGUCAUGUUGUGGGGGUGGUGCCAAUUAGCUGUGUCACUCACCCUGUCUGGUGACCUCGACGGGGAACAAACAGCGCCUCUGCAAAUCUUGCAGCGAUUCCUAGGCAUGGUUUCCCGUUCUGCUAUUAAACCAGUGACGGCCCUGUUUGUUGAGCUCGGAGGUGGUGGGCGUAAGUUGUGUAAUCCAGGAACCAGUCUCAGUCCCGAGCGUGAUACGACUCAGAGAACUAGGAGAACGGAAAACAGGGGGAAAAAAGAGCGGAAUGGCCCUACAAUUGAGAAGGGCGUGCACCCAAACACAGGCAAUGGCACAGAAUGCACCAACAGGCUUUGGGGGCACUUGUUGCAGCAUCUGAGUCUUUGCCGCGAUCGGGCUCCUGCGACCUUCGCCAUCAGAGAGCCAAGGAAUACCCGCACUACAAACCGUAGAAAAAAGCGCCCCGAGCUUCUUGCCGAGUCUCUUCCGAAUGCUUUUGCAGCACCCAACUUCUAUCACUGCCUCAGCGCUUAUUUACGUAGUUGCGUUCGCACUAGUUCCGGCAACAACCUGCAUGACUCUGCUUCUGUGCCCCGGGCAUCUAUUGCGCUGUCUGAGAUUCUUGCUCACUGCGGCCCUAGCUUGUCACCCUUCCUUAAUUUCUUUUCCUGUGUCCUGCUGUUACUUCUUGAUGUAACAAAGGCGUCAAACGGUACCCAAAAAUUGCCUAAAAAACAUAACGCACUUGAUCUUGAUCAUCAAACGCAUUGUAUGAGAUCGAUGGUGUAGCGGCGCCGGCGGUUACUCUCAGCAUCGAAUCUCCAGCUCAACUCAAAGCAUUGAACUGAUCGAUCGCAGUUUAAAUUGAAAUCACCUCAAAUGAAG